AUGUCUUCCGAAAAUAACCCUCUGACCGAGUCAGCAAUGACUAUACCCUCCGAUUCCGAACAGUAUUCCGGCAACGAUGACCUCUCGCCGUCUCCCCCAUCAUCCUCGAGCUCUCCGCAAAUGAUUCUAUACAGCCCUCCUACAUUAUGGGGAUUAUUUCGGGGUGCUGCGAUCAAUUUGCUUCUGCCAUUCAUCAAUGGGCUUAUGUUGGGAUUCGGAGAGCUCUUUGCUCAUGAGGCUGCAUUUAGGUUAGGAUGGGGAGGCACAAAGGUAUUCCCUGGUGGGAGAGCAAGGCACUCGAUCGGACCAGGAAUUGAGGUUAGGGAGGAUCCUUUGGAGAGGAAGCGGAGGGAAGGAAACUUGGAUGAUUUGACAAGCUUGGAGUGA